UUCAAAUUACAUUCUCUCCUCAUUUUCAAAUCACUUCCAUUCCCUCUCUCCGCCUCGCCUCUCUCUCUCUCUCUCCCCGCUGAUUCAUCCGUGCUUUCCUAAUGGUUUUGGCAAUGACGGAAAAUCAAAGUGGCAACACUUAUGAAGAUACUAGAAAGCAGAGGCUGAUAGAAAAUAAAAAAAGAUUUGAGGAUUUGGGAUUAGUGAAGUUGUCUAAAUGCCUCACAGAAGUAACCAAGUCAGAGAAAUCCCAGAACAGGCAAGUUCGUUUGAAACAAAGAGUGACUUACUCAGCGGAACCAAGGCGCUCAUCACGUGCUCGAAAUCAAGUUUCAUAUUGUGAUGAUGCUGAUGUCGAGCUUCCUGCACUUCGUAAGGGCUCAAAGUUUAAUUCUUCAUGGACAAGAUACCUUGCCAGACCAGCUGAAGAAGUUAAAGCUGCAUCAUAUGAGGAAAGAGCUCGAGCUUUUAAUUGUGCAGAUAAGAUCAGAAGCAACCUACAAACUGGCAAUCCAUCCUUUGUCAAAUCAAUGGUCCGAUCUCAUGUAUACAGUUGUUUCUGGUUGGGGCUUCCGAGUGGAUUUUGUGAAGAACACCUUCCCAAGGAGACAGUGGAUAUGGUGUUAGAGAACGAGGAAGGCUCCGAAUAUGGGGCAGUUUUCAUUGGCAAGAAAGCAGGGCUUAGUGGUGGAUGGAGAGCAUUUGCACUCGAUCAUAAACUGGACGAUGGCGAUGCUUUAGUCUUUGAAUUGAUUGAGCAAACAAGAUUCAAGGUUUACAUAGUUAGAGCAGUGGAGUGCCAAAAUGGAAAUGCUAGUGCCGAUGCUGACGAAAAACCAAAGAAGAAGAGGAAGACGAAAGACAGCAACCAGACGGAGAAACCAGAAGUGGUAUCAGCAACAAGGAGAAGUUUGAGAAAGAAAGGCAAGUGAAUUUGGGAGAUUAUGAGAUUUGCUUGAGAUGAGCCAAUUUGUGAAUGAAUACUGUAAGUCAGCUUUGAACAUCAUCAUGUAUGUUCCCAGUUUGAACAUCGAAUCUAGUUCGUGCUUCAACUUGCAACAGAUCAA